AUGGCUAGCUCACCAUAUGCUAGCAAUAGAAUUAUCAGGCUCGUACUUAACAAUGCAUUCAUAGUACGUAAAUUUAAACAAUUCUUAUUCUUAACUUGCGACUUGGGCGGCUUCAUACUUCUAUCUAUAUAUAAAAGUGCGUGGUUUUCGAGCCACCUCGUGGCGAGUUUGUUUGUUCCGUCUACUCGCGCGUGGCUGGCUCUCUCUGGGUUUUCCUUUGCUUCUGAUUUUGGUCCAUCCUUGCACAUUCUCACUCGAACUUUGUCCUUUAGCGCCUGGUUGGCUCAGCUCUCUCUGGGUUUUCCUUUGCUUCUGAUUUUGUCCAUCCUUAGCACGUUCUCGCUCGAACUUUCUCUCUCUGGGUUUUCCUUUGCUUCUGAUUUUGGUCGAUCCUGGGUCAUCGUUGCGUGUCUACCAGUUUGUCAGUGCCUCUAUGUUUAUCUGCCUUUUGGGUUGUCUGCUGACGUUUUUCGACCGUAUUUCUUCUCUGCGCGAUGGUGUAUUUAUGGGAUCCUCUUUGUGGUCUUCGUUCAUCUUUGUUUCUUAUUUGUUUGGCGUUCACUCUUCCUGUUAUUGUAUAGAGUACCGUGUGGCAUUCUUUUUGGAGCAGAGUACUGUGAAGGGUAUUCUUCCUUACAUUGCUUUCAUGAUUUUAGAUUAUUAGUGGAUUUCUCUUACUUUCCUUUUUUCAUCCAGGUUGCAUACUUGCAUCUCAUAUUUUUUGUUUUUUUCACCGUGUUUAUGUCCGUUUUGAUGGGGUUUUCCUUUGACGGGUUGUUUCCGUAUAUAGAUUUCGUGCCUUUGGUUAUUGGUCAUGGUGUUUAUUUGUUUGUUGUUUCUCUUCAUACUUACAUUGCUUUCAUCAUUUUUAGUGAUUACUUUAUUUUUCUUAUCUUCAACCGUUCCGUAUCUUCUUCACUUUUGUCUUUACAUAUUGUUUCUUCCGUGAUUUUGUUAGUUGGUUCCCCGAGGAAUAAAAGGUUGCAUCCUGGUGGAUUCUAUCUUGCUAUUCAUUCUAUUGUCUUUGGUGGUGGUGGAAUUUGGAUUGGUUCCCGUGGUUCUGUUGGUUUCCUUACAGAUGGGAGGCCAAUGGGUUCCUGCUCUGUCUAUUUUGGUUCUACAUUACUGCCAUCUUUUGCUCACUCAGACUAUAAUUACAAUUUAGUUGUACCAUUGGAUCUUGGUUCUCCGAUUUAUAGUUGUCAUUUUUGUGGUGCUAUUUUUUGGUAUGAGGAGCGUGUCAAGGCUGCUCCUAAGGUCAAUCCAACAUAUACUGUUUGUUGUGGUGGUGGUCAAGUUGUCCUUCCUUUUUUGAAAUCAGCCCCUCCUUUUCUCAACCAUCUCUUGGAUUAUAGCCAUCUUGGUUUUUGUAGGGCAUUUCGUGAGAACAUCCGAAUAUACAAUUCCAUGUUUGCUUUUACUUCAAGUGGUGCUAGGGUCGAUGCUAGCAUUAAUAAUGGAUCAGGCACUUAUGUUUAUAGAAUUAAUGGGCAAAACCACCAUAAGAUAGGCUCCCUCCUCCCUGAGCCUGGUAGAAGGCCGUCUUUUGCUCAGCUAUAUGUGUUUGAUACCGAUAAUGAGAUUGAUAAUCGAGUCUCUUUAUUUGGAUCUUCUACAGAUGCUCGACACAUAGAUAAGUUCAUUGUUUCUGAAUUAGUUAAAUUUUUUGAUGAAUAUAAUGAAAUUGCAAAGGCUUUUAGGAUGAUUAGGGAUAGGUUUAGUGCUAAUGAGGUUAUUCCCCUACGUUUGAGGUUGCUUGAGAGUCGUAUUCGGGAUGGAAUCCAAUAUAACCUUCCUAGCUCCUCAGAACUUGCUGCACUGAUUUUAGAUGAUUUUGGGCAGCAUUAUGGUGGUAGGGACAUUAUAGUUGAACAUAGGGUUAGUGGAUUGCAGCGUGUUAGCGAGCUACAUCCUAGCUUCAUGGCUAUGCAAUAUCCCAUUUUGUUCCCAUUUGGAGAGGAUGGGUAUAGAAUUGAUCUUAAGCGGAAUAUUGCACGUUGUCAUUUGGAUUCUAAAAGAGAGCGUAUAACAAUGAGAGAGUAUUAUGCAUUCAGGUUGCAAUAUCGGCAUGGUGAAGGAUCAACGUUGCUUAGGGGAGGCCGUCUCCUCCAACAAUAUAUAGUUGAUGCUUUUUGUUCAGUUGAGGAGGUCCGUUUACGGUAUGUGGUAGAUAAUCAAAAACAAUUGAGGGUUGAAAUGUACAAGGGGAUACAGGAUGCAUUGCUUAGGGGUGACACAAACACAAAUGAUGUGGGUAAACGUGUUAUCUUGCCGUCGAGUUUCACUGCUGGUCCUAGGUAUAUGAUUCAGAAUUAUCAUGAUGCAAUGGCAAUUUGUAAGGUGUAUGGUCAUCCUAAUCUUUUUAUUACAUUCACCUGUAAUGCCCAAUGGCCUGAGAUAAUAGAUGCAUUGAAGUUGAUCCCUGGCCAGCGACCAGAGGAUAGACCUGAUAUUGUUAGCCGUGUUUUUAAGAUGAAAGUUAAUGAGCUUAUGGAUGAUAUCAAGAAAAAAAAGAUUUUUGGUCAUGCCAUGGCGUGUGUUCACACAGUUGAGUUCCAAAAAAGAGGGUUGCCUCAUGUCCACAUUCUUGUGUGGUUAUCUCUCUCUCAUCAGAAUCCGAGUGCGCUUGAUAUAGAACUUAUUAUAUCAGCUGAGAUUCCAAAUAAAAUUAUUUAUCCAGUUGCCUAUGAGAUAGUUUCUAGAUUUAUGAUGCAUGGACCUUGUGGUGUGGAUAAUCAUCGAUCACCAUGUAUGAUAAAUGGUAAGUGUUCUAAGCACUACCCUAAAGAAUUUGUUUCAAAUACUGUUAUUGGAGAGAACAAUGCUCCAGUUUAUAGAAGGAGAGAUGAUAAAUCAUGUAUCAUAAAGAACCAUGUCCCUUUAGACAACAGACAUGUUGUUCCUCAUAAUGUAAACCUUAUUGUUAAGUACCAGGCCCAUAUUAAUGUUGAGUGGUGCAAUAGAUCACGGUCGAUAAAGUAUCUUUUUAAAUAUAUAAACAAGGGUCCUGAUAGGGCAAGGGCUGUUAUUGAACGUGGUCUGCAACCUAUCGCUGUUGUUCAUGGUCAAGAAACUACAUCUGCACCAGUUGAUGAGGUGAAGCUAUAUUUAGACUGUAGGUACCUCAGCGCAUAUGAGGCCGUUUGGAGAUUAUUUGAGUUUAAGAUACAUUAUAGGUAUCCAGCAGUUGAGCGUCUUGCAAUUCAUCUCCCAGGGAUGAAUUCAGUUUUGCUAGGCAAUGAUCAGGACUUGCAACAAAUUGGAUAUGAGGACAGUAUUUCUAGGACAAUGUUCACUGAAUGGAUGAUCACAAAUUCCAACAGUGUCGAUGCCCGUGAAUUGACGUAUGUUCUAUUUCCUACACAGUGGGUUUGGAAUCAAAACAAGCGAAGGUGGACAAAAAGAAAAAGAGGGAUGUCUAUUGGGAGAAUAGUUUAUGUGCAUCCAAGUUUGGGUGAGCUAUAUUAUCUUAGAAUUCUAUUGAAUGUUGUAAAGGGGCCAUGCAGUUAUGAAGAUAUUAGGACUGUUAAUAAUGUACUCUAUCCCAGUUUUAAAAACGCAUGUGCUGCUCAUGGUUUUUUGGGUGAUGAUAAAGAAUGGGAAGAGGCAUUAAGAGAGGCUGAGUGUUGGGCGUCGGCUACACAGCUGAGGCAGUUGUUUAUGACAAUAGUUGUGUUUUGCGAGGUUGUUAAUCCAUCUAUCUUGCUUGAAAAAUUUAUUCAAUCUUUGUCAGAUGACCUUGUGUACAAAGCAAAUAACUUUGACCAUCUUGGGGCGUUAGAUAACGCAACACUGUCAAUUAAAAAUCAACUUCUACUUCAAUUAGAGACACUGUUUAAUGCGAAUUCCACAUCACUAUCAGACCAUAGAUUGCCUCUCCCAACCAUUUCUUCUACACAUGGUUUUGAUAAUAGAUUUCUAAGAGAAGAAAUGAGUUAUAACUAUGGAGAUCUUACAAAUCUCCACUCAGAUAUGGUACACCAUUUGAAUGGUGAUCAAAAAAAAGUGUAUGAUUCUGUCAUAGAGUCUGUUGAGGGUAAUUUAGGCCGGUUAUUCUUUGUUUAUGGUCAUGGUGGCACAGGUAAAACUUUCCUCUACCAAACAAUAAUUACUAAAAUCAGGAGUGAGGCAAAAAUAGUAUUGGCAGUUGCAUCAUCUGGUAUUGCAUCAUUAUUGCUACCCGGGGGAAGAACUGCUCAUUCAAGAUUUAAGAUACCUAUUCAAAUAUCAGAACAUUCAACCUGUGAUAUAAAGAAAGGUACGCAGCUCGCCAAGCUGAUUCAGGAAUCUUCCUUGAUUGUGUGGGAUGAGGCACCAAUGGUACAUAGGUAUUGUUUUGAGGCACUUGAUAGAACAAUGAGAGAUAUCCUAUGUGACAAUGAUGGCCGAGAUAGCAAACGACUAUUUGGAGGAAAAACAAUUUUAUUGGGGGGUGAUUUUAGGCAAAUACUCCCAGUUGUUGCAAAAGGAACAAGAUCAGACACUGUUAAUGCAUGUAUAACUAGAUCCUAUCUUUGGAAACACUGUGACGUUCAUCUUUUGACAAUUAAUAUGAGGCUUUCAUUGACUGGUCUCGACCCUUCAAUACAAGAACUCAUGAAAGACUUCUCUUCUUGGAUAUUAGGUGUUGGUAAUGGAACAAUUGAAUGCUCCAAUUCAAAGGCUUCUAGAGAUGAUGAGAUGUGGAUUAAUUUGCCACGACAUCUCCUCUUGGAGAGUCUAGAUAAUCAUAUUCAUUGCAUAAGCGACGCAAUUUAUGGCGACCUAGAAAAAAAAUAUUCUGAUAUCCAAUAUCUUAAGGAGCGAGCAAUAGUGACGCCCACUAAUGAUACAGUUGAUGCAUUAAAUGAACACUUGCUCUCACGUGUUCCAACCAAAGAGAUAGUUUAUUAUAGCUUUGAUUCAAUAUGCCGCUCUUCGGGAGCUAUUCAUGAUGACGACCUUCUUUAUCCAACUGAAUUUCUAAACUCAAUUAAAUUCAAUGGUCUUCCAGAUCAUGAAUUGAAGUUGAGGGUGAACACACCAAUUAUGCUAUUACGUAAUUUAAACCAAACGUCAGGUCUGUGUAAUGGAACAAGGCUCUUGGUAAAUAGACUCGGUGGACGAGUUAUUGAAGCAACCAUAAUUGGAGGGAGCAAUGAAAAUUCCAGAGUUUACAUCCCUCGAAUAGUUAUGUCUGCCUCUGAUGGAAAAUGGCCUUUUACACUAAAGAGGAGACAGUUUCCUGUGAGAUUAUGCUAUGCAAUGACUAUCAAUAAGAGCCAAGGUCAGACAUUGAAGGAUAUGGGUCUGUACUUGCCAGCACCUGUGUUUUCACACGGUCAAUUGUACGUUGCAUUGUCAAGGGUGACAUCAUUUGAGGGAUUAAAAAUCCUACUUGGAAAGGAUAAUCAUGCAUCAGAAGGAGAGACAAGAAAUGUUGUCUACUCUGAGAUCUUUCAUGAUUUAUGA